AUGUUUCCAAAUACACACACCACCGUCGUGGCAGACGAGAAAAAGCCGCGAUUGUCUAUACCAGAAAGGCUCUUGAGUGAAUUGGACCCUGAAUGGGUAGAUCUAUGGGAAAAGCACGGCAGCUCCAUGGUGAGAGCUGACGAGGUAUCUCUUGAAGAAUUUCGCAAAAGUCCCGCUACAUACAGCUUCACGUAUCCAACAUGCGCCGGCCCCGACGUCUUUCAUGUUGAGGACAUUGAGAUCCCAGUCACACAACCAGCUGGAAAAAUCUUGAUCAGGGUCUAUACACCGGAAGGUCCAGGGCCAUUCCCUGUUCAUUUGAACUUCCAUGGAGGCGGCUGGGUCCUUGGAAAUCUCAAUUCUGAAGCUGCUUGGUGCCGUCACAUGUGCAACAAAGCCCAGAUUAAAGUGAUUGAUGUCGAUUAUCGACUUGCUCCGGAGUUCCCUUAUCCAACUAGUAUCUACGACUCAUGGGAUUCCGUGAAAUGGACGAUUGCCAAUUCAGCUAGUCUCAAUAUUGAUCCUUCGAGUGUUUCUAUCGGAGGUCUCUCUGCGGGAGGCCAAAUGACUGCAGUGAUGUCGCAUUUUGCCCGGGACGAGGGCAUUGAUCUGAAACUUCAGCUGAUUAUUGUCCCAGCAACCGAUAUGCGCUAUUGUCUCAGAGACAGGGGGCUGAACGAGACCACUUGUCCUUAUGAGAGUGUCUUGCUCUACCAUGAUGUGCCUUGGGGACCACUCGGCAGAGAGCAAUGGUUCUUAAAGUAUUGGCUCGGAGAUGACGAUGCUACCCAAGAGAGAAUUUUGACAAAGGAGUGGAUCUGCACACCUGUACUUGCUCCUUCCUUCAAAAACCUUGCGAGGGCGCACAUAAUCACAGCCGAGUUUGAUCUUGAGCGAGAUGAAGGAGAGUACUAUGGUCAACUUUUGCAAGAGGCUGGAAAUCAAGUCACAAUGAAGAGGUACCCUGGUGUGCCUCAUGCAUUCGGGCACUUCAACCAUCCAGAAAGAGGACUCUCGCAAAGCUUCGUGUAUAUCGAAGAUACAAGUCGGCUUCUUCGUGAGGUGCAUUUUGGCACGGUCAAGCUUUAG